AUGCUGGAGUUCAAGAACGCUAAAGAGCCGGUUUGUUCGAUUGUCCAACAUUUCCUUCCCCUCCCGUUCCACCCAUCGAGAAAAAGAAGCGCUGCUAUGCAUCUUCUGACGCUUUUACUUCUACCACCAGUCUUUCUCCUAGCAUCUUCCGCUCACGAGGAACCAACCAGGACUUUCAAUGAUGUUCCUCUGGUGCCGCGCAGCAACGACCGUUGCUCACCUGGGACGUACUCUUCCAAUAAUGGGUAUCCGCCUUGCUUAAGCUGCUCUGCUGGUAGUUACUCUAAAGAAUAUGGAGUCACGUCUUGCCGUCAAGCAAGAGCAGGCUACUAUGUCUCGUCCGGAGGUGCUACAACUGAAACCCCUUGCCCAUCGGGCAACUAUGCAAAGGAGACUGGCCGCUCAUCCUGUCCCUCGUGCCCUGCUGGCUACCAAUGUCCAAGUGAUGCACUGGCCAAUCCUCAAGCUUGUUCACCAGGACGCUACUCGAAAGGAGGACUCGUUUGGUGCGAGAAAUGCUCCGCCGGUACAUUCAACAAUAUACAGGGUGCCACUGGUUGUUGCAACUGUGCAGCAGGCUGGUUCAACGACCAACCUGGAAACACAAACUGUCAAAGAUGCUCUAAUCAGUACCCGUAUUCUAACCCUGGCACAGGAAACCGUAAUGAUUGUUCUGCGACACCUGGUAGCUGGGCUAUAUCUCCCACUUCCCAGCAGGAUAGCAGUGGGACUUGCCCCUUAUCAAGUCCUUUUGCGGUAGUAAGCCCGAAGGCGCGACGUCGAGUGGCGCACGCACCCUUAUGCGGCAGAACGGGCCAGAAAGCGUGCCCUGUCUUUGGCUACCACUGGAGGGGCGGGCACAAUGGACAUCAUCAGUCGUUUGCCAGUUACGAGUGCGUAAAUAUCGACAGUGAUCUUGAAUCUUGUGGCGGUUGUGUUGGAUAUUCGCUCAACGGUGAAAGAAGUCCAGACGGUGGAAGAGAUUGUAGUGCGAUCCCCAACGUGGGAUCUGUAAGAUGCCACAAAGGUCAAUGCAUAAUCGAUUCAUGCCAAGCCGGUUGCGUUUUGGCCGCUGGGGGGGAUCUUUGUGUUCCUAACUUGUAG